UUGGACAAGGGCUCUGGACAAAGGCCGUCACGAGGUAAUAUGCUGCUAUUUGGGACGCACUCACGAUGUUGCACCUUUGGGUGGAAUUGUAAUCGAUGUCCUGGGUUUGAAAUGUAAUAUAAAGUAAUAGAGAAGGUUUCUUUGUCAAAUAAAUGGACGUGUUAGUGUAGCAGUGUGUUCUGCCGAACAGAAUGAAUUGAGUGGCUUAAUCAGUGUCGUCCUUCUAACGCAACCGCGUUGCCAUGAACUAGUGCAGACAAGGUCGCCAUGCUAUCUGACGUGAGACUGUGGUGGUGUAAUGUGGUACAUCUAUGACAUCACGUGUCUCUCUCUCUUUGUUUUUCAGCAUGGCAUAGGUAUCCCCUCCAUCGCCAUCAUGUUACACGAGCUCAUCAAGCUCCUCCACCAUGCUCGCUGCACUGAUGUUACCAUCAUUCGCAUUGGGACCUCCGGUGGAUUAGGCCUCGAUCCUGGCACGGUUGUUGUCACCAAGAAGUCAGUAGACGCCACCUUCCUGCCCAGGCUGGAGCAGGUCAUCCUGGGGAAUACUGUGGUGCGCAGCACGGACCUGCACCAAGGUCUGGCUGAAGAGCUGCUCCAGUGUAGCAAGGACCUGGGUCAAUUUGAGACGGUCAUCGGAAACACUAUGUGCACAAUGGAUUUCUAUGAAGGACAAGCGCGCCUGGAUGGGGCCUUCUGCUCCUACACAGAGAAGGAGAAGCAGGACUACCUGACCAAGGCCUAUGAGUCUGGGGUUCGUAACAUCGAGAUGGAGUCUUCUGUGUUUGCUGCCAUGUGUCAACUCAGCGGUCUGAAAGCGGCCGUGGUGUGUGUGACGCUAUUGGACCGUCAGAAAGGUGACCAGCUGAACAGCUCUCAUGAAGUUCUCCACAGCUACCAACAACGUCCUCAGAUACUGGUCGGUCACCUGAUCAAGAAGAUGCUCAAAGCCUCAGCCUCUAGCAAAAGCUAGGCUCUUGCAUUUUAGCAUUCUGAUAUUAUGUGACUUAUGAAAGGCCUCUUGUCCAGAGAGUACACAAAACAUGAAGAUCACUUUCCUAAUAUUGAGUUACCCCCCCCCCCCCACAACUUUGCAGUUCUUGACAAACAACGGUGCUCCAGGCACCUACUACCAUGACCCGUUCAAAGGCACGUUUGUCUUGCCCAUUCACCUUCUGAAUGGCACACAUAGACAAUCCAUGUCUCAAUUGUCUUUAUGUUUAAAAAUCCUUCUUUAACCCGUCUCUUCCACCUCAUCUACACUGAUUGAAGUGGAUUUAACAUGUGACAUCAAUAAGGGAUCAUAGCUUUCACCUGGAUUCACCUGUUCAGUCUGUCAUGGAAAGAGCAGGUGUUCUUAAUGUUUUGUAUACUCGGUGUAAGUGUAGUCGAGGGCAGCACUGUCCUUCAUUCCAUAUAGCCUGGCUGCUUUCACUAUGUAUUUUCGCAAUCAUUCUCAAUAGCAAUCAUUCUCAGUAGCAAUCAUUCUCAAUAGCAAUCAUUCUCAAUAGCAAUCAUUGACCGUAUAGAAGACAAUAUAUAUCUACCGUAUCUAUUGUUUCUGGGUUGUAGCUAAGUGUAACCAAAUUAGUAUAGUAAUCAUGAGAAACAUCAAACACACCUCUUACUUGACACCACCUCUGUUUUUAUACCAAAUAAACCAAUGCUGGGUGAAGUAAAGUAACUUGUUCCAGAAGUUGUUGCUUUGUGUAGAAACAUUAGAAAAUAUAUUAUACACAGUUUGUUUUUGAAACUCCUUGAUCUUUUUUUUAACCCCAAGCCUUUAACAUGAAUUGUUUUGUUUGAAUUCACCAGUAUGUAUACUUUAGUUUUAUAUGCUGUAGCUAUGGUAACGAGCAAGUUAUGAAUAUUAAAGAUAAGACUUCUCUGCACAUCUUUAGCUACUUUGAACACUGCAUUGUACUGUACUAUCAAAUGUUGCUCUGAAACCAUCAUCAUACAUUCAGCGUGUUGUCCUGUUACUGAGAAAAUAUGUAACUGAGGUCUUUUAAUGUCACCUAAUGAGUAAUAAAACCACAAAUACUGUUAAUAUUU